UUUUGGUACAGCUAACAACAACAACAACUAACGAAGAGCUAUCAGCAGAGUUUAAACCCUUAAACCUGUAGGGUUAAAAAUCUGGAUCCUCAGAAGUGAAUGAGGUUCUGUUCUCUGUAAGUGCUGCUGCUUUCAGGAUGGGCCAGCAGAUCUCAGGUCAGGCGGUCAUGAGCCAUCUGCCUGAGAAGCUGGUGAAACAUGCUGGGCUGGUGCGUGACAGUGGUUAUGUCACCUACGAGGAGUUUCUGGCCAGAGUGGCUGAGCUUAACGACGUAACGGCCAAGUUAGCUGCUGGACAGCAGAAACACCUGCUGUUCGAAGUGCAGCCCGGCUCCGACGCCUCGGCCUUGUGGAAGGUAGCUGUCAGGAUCGUCUGCACCAAGAUCAACAAAGAAAGUGGUACGGUGGAAGCGACGCGAAUCAUGAACCUGUACCAGUUCAUCCAGUUAUACCGUGACAUAACCAGUCAGGCUGCUGAGGUGCUGACAGCAGAAGGUACCAUCAAGGACCCGGCAGCCCAGCUGCCCUCCACAGACUCCUGCCAGGCCAGCAUGUGGAUGGGGAGAGUGAAGCAGCUGACUGACGAGGAGGAGUGCUGCAUCUGUAUGGAUGGAAAGGCCGACCUCAUCCUGCCCUGUGCGCACAGCUUCUGUCAGAAAUGCAUCGAUAAAUGGAGCGGACAGAGCCGAAACUGUCCAAUCUGCCGCCUGCAAGUGACGGCUGCCAACGAAUCGUGGGUGAUGUCCGACUUCCCCACAGAGAACGACAUGGCCAGUUACAUCCUCAACCUGGCUGACGAGGCGGGCUGCCCGCACAGGCCUUGACACACCGAGCACGAGCAUCGUAAGGGAGAUGACCCACACUUAACCUGCUGACACACAAAACGUUUAUUUCACCGAGGAAACUUCACUUUUGAUCUUCAUUGUAAGUUUUAGUGACGCCCUGGAGUUA